UGUUGUCCGCUGGUCUUGCUGCGACGCUUGCGUAUGGUUAUUGAUGCGGCCGCCAGGGAUCGCCCCAGCAUGGCGCCGCGAGCUCCCUCAUCGUCCCGCCGCGUCGCCCAGCGGGCACGAUACCGGGAGGGGAGACCUUGACAGAAGCGAGGGCACCCUUCUGCCAAUGUCGUGGCCAGUGUUCCCAACCAACAGCCAGCGCGGGCUUGGGGUUUCCUUAGUCGCAUCCAAGCUUGUCCGUCGGCACCUAGGCCCUGUCCAAUGGAAUAGCCCACACCAUAUCUAGGGGCCCACAAGCACAGCCCCCAGGUCGCGAUACUUUGCUGCUGCUGUCCGUUGCUGGGUAGGGGCACGAGAUCGCUCUCCUACAGUAACUCCCUCCGCCUGCCAUCUGCAGCCCCCGCCACUGGUUGUGUGUCAGGCGGCCCGGGACUCGUCAUCGCAUAUGAAAGGAAUAACGAUCGGGCGCUGCCUGUCUGAGGCUAGACCUGCUUGACUUUCCCUAGACUUGCGCGUAUAAAUCUGCAGGCAAUAUAUUUGACUUGAAAAUCUUGGGUUCUAGUCGCCUACCGUCCCGCCACCCCGGCCUCCCUUCUCUUAUGUUUUCCUUCCCUCAAAUCCCACCCUCCGCCCCCCCUGACGCGGCCGCCCCCGGGCCCUACCACAACAGGAGCUUCGGUUCGAGGGCCAAGACAUGCAGUCUUCAUCGAUUAUAGGAACUACGGGUCACCAUGACUCCAUCCAGGCAGCCGGUCUCUCGGAGAAGAGCCGACAGCCGGCCGACGACGAGGAGAAGGGCAAAUGGGCAGCCGACCAGGGCCACCGCCAUGAGUCCCGCAAGCAGACGUACAGCGGUCUCGUCCUGCUCUGGGUCAGCUUCCAGGCGACGGGCGUCAUCUACGGCGACAUCGGCACCUCGCUCCUCUACGUCUUCUCGUCCACGUUCGAGACGCAACCAUCGUGGGACGACCUCGUGGGAGCGCUCUCCAUCAUAAUCUGGUCGCUCACCAUGAUCGUGACGGUCAAGUACGCCCUGAUCGUGCUCCGGGCCGACGACGACGGCCAGGGCGGAACCUUUGCGCUCUACACGCUCCUCUCGCGCUACAUCCGCAUCACGCGCCAGGACCCGCACGCCGUCGAGAUGCCCGGGAUGAGGCGCUACAGCAGCGGCGACAUGCAGCCCGCAGGCCGCGGCCUGCGCACCUUCCUUGAGUCCUCGCUCGGCGCCCAACUGGCCCUCAAGGUCGUCGGCCUGGCCGGCGUCUCGCUCACCGUGGCCGAUGGCGUCCUGGGCCCCGCCCAGAGCGUCCUGGGCGCCGUGCAGGGGCUCAAGGUCGUCGACCCGACCCUGAGCACCCCCGUUAUCGUCGGCGUCUCGUGCGCCAUCCUGGCCGCCCUUUUCUGCCUCCAGCCCUUCGGUACCAGCAAGCUCGGGACCGGCUUCGCCCCCGUCGUUACUGUCUGGUUGCUCUUCAACCUCUGCUCAGGCCUGUACAACAUCGUCAUGUACGACUACACCGUCCUGCGCGCCUUUAGCCCCUAUUUCGCCUUUAGUUACCUGAUGCGUAAUGGUAACGCUGGCUGGCAAUCGCUGGGCGGUCUGGUCCUGGCCUUUACGGGCGUCGAGUCGCUUUUUGCCGAUAUGGGCGCCUUCAGCAAACGCGCCAUCCAGAUCUCGUGGCUGGGCCUCGUAUACCCCUGCCUCCUGAUGGCGUACGUCGGCCAGGCCGCCUACAUCUCCCAGGACGCCUCGCAGACCGCCUUCACAAACCCCUUCUUCUUCACCAUCCCGCCGGGCACCUUCUACUUUGGCAUGGUAAUCGCCGUGCUGGCCUCUAUAGUCGCGUCCCAGGCCCUUAUCACAUCCACCUUUCAGCUGCUGGGUCAGGUCAUGCGCAUGUCGUACUUCCCCCGCAUCCGCGUCGUCCACACGAGCAACAGGUUCCACGACCAGAUCUACAUACCCGUCGCCAACUGGCUGCUGCUGCUGGGCACUGUCGUCCUGACCAUUGUCUACAACAAUACGACGUCACUUGGCGAUGCGUACGGCGUGUGCGUCACCAUGGUGACCCUCAUUACCACCUUCAUGGUCUCGCUGGUCGCCCUACUCAUCUGGCGGCUGACGCCGUGGCUGGUGGUACCGCUCUUCUUCGUCUUCGCGUCGCUCGACGGCAUCUUCCUCUCGGCCGUGCUGGCCAAGGUGCCCGACGGCGGCUGGUUCACCAUCGUGCUGGCCGUGAUACUCUCGUCCGUCUUUGUCGUCUGGCGGUACGGCAAGGAGGCACAGUGGACGGCCGAGGCGGCCGAGCCGCUCACCGCGCCGUCCAUCCUCAAGUUCUCGGCCGGCGCAGACGAGGACGGCGGCGACGGCGACAAUGAUAACGAUGACAACGAGGAGGACAGCAGCAAUAGCGGCAGCAGUCAGCGGCAGAGACAGCAGCAACAGUCCAAGGGCGGGCGGCCAAGGCGGCGGGGCGAGGCUACGGGCUCCGAGUCGCAGGCCACCGACGCGGCCGGCUUCGCGGUCCGGCUGCGUACCGCGGGCGCCACGCCCGUGUCGACGGUGCCCGGACUGGGCAUCUUCUUCGACAAGGUCGGCAACCCCGCGCAGCUGCCGCACUCCUUCACCCACUUUGUGCGCAAGUUCGCCGCCCGGCCUUCAGUCAUCGUCUUCUUCCACAUGCGCGCCCUGCACGUCCCCACCGUACCGGCCCAGGAUCGCUUCGUGGUCUCGCGCUUCGAGUCCUGGGCCGGCGCCGACGCCAAGGGUGGUAGUGGCGGGGCCUGGGGUCCCAGCCUCCUGCCCGACGCCUACGUCGUCGUGCUCCGCCACGGCUACGCCGAGGACGUGCUCCGGCCCGGCCUGGCGCGCGACGUCAUCGCCGCCUUGCAGCUGGCCAUCAUGACCGCCUCGGCGACGGCUCCCGCCACGCCCGCCGGCGGCGCCGCCCCGCCCCUCCUGACGCCACUGUCCCAACCGUCCCAACCGUCCCAACCGUCGCCGCCGCCGCCGCCGCCAGCCGUCGUCGGGGCGCGGGCGGCGGAGGCCGAGUCCAUGGCGCGCGAGCUCGAGCGCCAGGAGGACCUGGCGCUGGCGGAGCUGCAAAAGGCCUGCCGGGCCCAGACCGUCUUCGUGCUCGGCAAGGAGGCCAUGCGCGUGAACAAGGAGGGGGCCGGCCGGGGCAGGGCCUGGAACGUGGUCCGCAGGGGCCUGCUCGAGGUCUUCCUCUGGAUCAGGGACAACACCCGCACCAAGCUGGCCGACCUGGACAUUGACGUCGAUAAGGUCAUCGAGGUCGGCUUCGUAAAAGAGAUUUAGCCUUUUUUGACUGUAAUAAACAAGCGUUUUUUUUUGUUGAAGAUGCACGACGUGCUUGCACUGUAUUUAACUUUGAUGCUGCGAUAUGACUCUCACGCAUGCUUUUCGAAUCUCUUGCAGCUAAUAUCUGAAUUGAUAUUUUCCAUCAAAAAAGCCAUUUGAAAUGGCUAUAAAAGAAAUGGACGGAGC